AUGAAGCCGGCUUACCGUGAGAACUUACUUUUCACCAACAUUCCAGUCAGCAUCUCGGAGAAAGACACAGAGGCGGGCGCUGCAAUGCGAAGUGACCUGUAUUCCAACGGAGCCCCUUUCCAGGGCCGGCUCAUGGACGCUUUGACUGAAGUCGAAAGCGGUGCCGUCGCGCACCCUCACUACCUUUCCGCGCACCAACUCGAGCAAUCCUUGCGUCUCUCCGUGAUGCUCGAACUCAAAGCAUCCUGGAAGCCUUUGCAGAUCCAGGCCAAGCAGGAGCAAUGGGAACGAUGGGCUGACUUGAUAGACCGCCAAACAGCUUUUGUGCCAACGAGGAGAAUGGCCUUGGCAGACGCGGACUGCAGCAACAACGACGACCUCGACCUAGACGUGUCAAUCAUCCCAUGGAGUCAGCGAGGGUCAUACCUCAGCCUUGCGACCAAAGCUGGGAGGCGAGGCUGCCUCACUCCUGGAAGUGAUGUGUAUCUCGUUACUCACUGCCGCCAGUUCGGCUUUCCACUCUUCGCCCUUCGCCCAAUUCCUCCAGGACAUGCACUGCCUGCACCAUCCGGCUUCCAACGCGCGAACCCCCUCACGACAGUCAAGGCAAAACCAGGUAUACUGUCUUGGCAGCAUGAAGGAUCUAUCUUGACCCAGGUCGCCUUCCUUCACGAUCGAUGUCUCCGAUUCCGCGGGACUGUUCCCUUUACUUUCGACACCGAUGCGGGGCUUGAGAAAGAGGCGUGUAGUGCGUACAUGUUUUGCAGACCACAUGUAAACGGAACGCCAGACUCGAUUGACUACGUCUUUAACAGCAUGCCAGGAUAUCGCUUCAUUGCGACCCGAGGAAAGCUUAGCCAGAUCAAUGGCAAUAGACCAGAAGUUCUCGACAAGCGCAUUGAGAUAGCUGGAACGGAAGAGAAUCCUGAAUGGGAGCUUUUGGCAUGCGAGUUGGAUAUGACAACAGGCGAUGGUGAUACAAUGAAUACCUGCGAUGAGUUCGUUGACGAUGUCAAGAGCACUCCAUUCGAAUCAACGGUCGAGCGGACCCAAGUCGAGUUUCAACACUUCGCAAAAAGUCUGUGUCCAUGGUCUACAACGGCUUUGUCCCACACCGAGAGUUUGGCCAGCUAUGUCAUCUGGGCAACCACGAUCCGUGCUGGCGGACACUUGACUCGCGAGGCCAUCCUGAUGAGCAAACUGUGGAUGAACAGGGCUUGGAGUUGGGACAAUUGUUUAAAUGCUCUAGGUGUCGCAGAUGCAGAUUUGGAACUUGCGCUCAAUCAGCUUCUGCUUUUCAGCGAUCUUCAAGCUCGUAAUGGCCGUUUGCCGGAUUCAAUAGACUGGCUGUUCGUGGAAUGGGGCCACACAAAGCCACCUAUUCAAGGCUGGGCGAUUGCAAGAUUGCUUGAGAUGAGAGGAACGGCGUGGGAGUAUCUCCCGCUUGCCGUGGUAUCCGCAUGGCAAUGA